GUUGUUGCUCUUUCUCCUUUACUUUUUAUUUUAUAUAUACAUAUAAUAAUAUAGAACAAAAAUGUCUUCUUCCUUUCUUCAAAUAUACCAAACUGCCGAUGACCAAGCUCAUGAUGCAGCAGCUCAAGAUCCCUUUCCAGCAUAUGUUGAAGGUAUCGAAGACAACAAUUUGGCACCGUUUUGCCCAACAUCAGCCACGCGAGUCCUUAAAGCAUUAUCCAUGGGAAAGGUAUCAAGUCAAGAUCGGUUAGUAGAUCUUGGAUCAGGUGAUGGACGAUUUGUAACAGCAGCCGCUUCAGAGUAUAGGUGUCAAGCUUUAGGAAUAGAAACGGAUGAAGAACUGAUUUCACAAUCAAGACGUUUAGCUGAUCAAGUAUUUGGUGGAGAUCAUACUCAACAUGGAGUCAAGUUUGAACAUGGCGAUCUAUUGACAACGCUCAAAAAAGCAACUAGUGACACCAAAGAAAAAGAACUACCAUGGACAGUGAUUGUCCUGUUUUUAUUACCUGAUCAUUCAGAUCGAUUUGCAGAUGAUCUCGUGGCUCUUCAUAAUCGUGGCGCAAGAAUUAUUAGUUUAGUAUUCAAUUUGAAUGAAAUCAAAGGUCUUACUCUUCAACAGGCGGAUGAUCAAGAUGGUAUUUACGUAUAUGGAAAGAACUCAUUGUUAUAGAAUAGAUUGAUAUUAUUUUUUUUUCUCUUUUUAUUUAUUUCUUUACUUAGUUAUAAACAUUUG